CGCCCCCCGUCCCAUUCGUCCUCCCUCCCUCCCCCAAUUCCACCACACAACGGUCCUCCGCUCCGCUCGCUCUGCCCGCACCGUACUGUUCACAAGGGGGGCGCCGGCCGCAGUCGCCGCUGACCGGAGCGAUCCGCCUCUCCGACCACCGGACGCGGCGAGGGGAGCCCGAGGAGAUCCCGGCUGAUCUCCAGUUUCCAGACGCGCCAGCGGGGGGAGAGGAGGCGGCGGUCGAUCUCUGCGGGGGAAAGGCGCGAGCUUGGGCUUGCCUGACUUCUUGCUGGCGGCGGGGGCGAAGGGGCGGGCGGGGGCGGGGGCGGCGGCGAUGCUGCGCCGGAAGUCGCCGUUCGCGGCGGCGCCUGCGGCCGCCAAGCAGGGGGAGGGGGAGGAGGCGCCCGCGCGCAGGCCCGGCGCGCCGCUCUCGCUCGCGGGCCUCCUCGUCUCCAUCUUCCUCGUCGCCAUCUUCCUCUACAACGAGGACUCCGCCGCCGUCAAGGCCCCCAUCGCCGCCGACGCCGCGGCCGGGGACUUCCCGCUCGCCGGGGCCUCGCGCGCCCGGUCCGCCCCCGACCUCCACCUCCUCCACGAGGUCAACCCCCGCCCCCAGCAGCAGCAGCAAGAGGGGAACGGCGAGGAGGAGGGGCAGCGUCGCCAUGUGGAGCAGGUGGAGAGCAGGAGGAAAGCGAGCGACGGCGACAGGGUGGACGCGCCCGCGAGAGCAGACAAGCGGGCCGCCCCCGCCACGACGACGACCGCGACGCCUCCUCCCAGCAGCGGCGGCAACACCAGCACCACGAGCAGCAGAGCGGCGGUGGCGGCGCCGGAGCCGGCGGCGUGCAACCUGUACCAGGGGUGGUGGACGUACGACGCGGAGGCGUCGCAGGUGCCGCUGUACCGCGAGGCGGAGUGCGAGUUCCUGACGGAGCAGGUGACGUGCAUGCGCAACGGCCGGCGCGACGACUCGUACCAGCGGUGGCGCUGGCAGCCCUCCUCCUGCGACCUCCCCAGGUUCGACGCGCGGGUGCUGCUGGAGCGGCUGCGGAACAAGAGGCUGAUGUUCGUGGGGGACUCGCUGAACCGGAACCAGUGGGAGUCGAUGGUGUGCCUGGUGUCGUCGGCGAUCCCUGCGCGGGACAAGAAGUCCCUGGCCAAGUUCGUCGGGCCCAACGGCUCUCUCAACGUGUUCAGGGCGGCGGAGUACAACGCGACGGUGGAGUUCUACUGGGCGCCGUUCCUGGUGAGCUCCAACUCGGACGACCCGCAGGCGCACAGCGUGGCGGACCGCGUGAUCGCGUGGCGGUCCAUCGCCAAGCACGCCCGGCACUGGCGCGCCGCCCACUUGCUCGUCUUCAACACCUACAUCUGGUGGCUCAACAACUUCGAGAUGAAAGUGCUGAAGAACCCUCGGGCGAUGCCGGACAAGUACACGCUGGUGGACCGGCCGGUGGCGUACAAGGAGGUGCUCAAGACGUGGGCCAAGUGGGUGGACCGGCACGUCGACCCCGGCCGGACCAAGGUCUUCUUCAUGGGCAUGUCGCCCAACCACGGCGUGCCGGAGGCGUGGGGCGGGGGGCCGGGCGCCAUCAAGUGCGCCAUGGAGACGCAGCCGAUCCUCAACCACACGGGCCCGCUCUACAUCGGCACCGACUGGCGGCUGCACGGCGCGGCGGAGGCGGUGCUGCGCACCAUGCGCCGCGUGCCCGUCCACCUCGUCGACAUCACCGCGCUCUCCGAGUUCCGCAAGGACGCGCACACCUCCGUGCACACGCUCAGGCAGGGGAAGCUGCUCACCCCCGAGCAGCAGGCGGACCCGCGCACCUACGCCGACUGCAUCCACUGGUGCCUCCCGGGCCUCCCCGACACCUGGAACCACUUCCUCUACGCCCAGAUCGUCGCCGCCCCUCCGCCGCCGGCGCAGGCGCAGGCGCAGCCCCUUCCGCAGUCGUCGUCGUCGUCGUCGUUGUAGCAUAGCCUGAUUAUUAGUAGCCAUUGCCGUUGUGUUCUACUGAUCUUCCUUCUUUGUUUCUUUCUUUUCUUCUGGGUUUUCUCUUUUUUUCUUUUCUUUGUGUGACCAACCAAUCUGUUGUCAAUCUGUGAGUAAGUAAUUCUUUUGUAGAAGCA